AUGUUGUUGUUGUUGUUGUUGUUGCCUUUAUUAUCUGGUAUUUUGACUUUAUUGUUUGGGUUUUUUAUAGGUAGAAAUGGGGCGGUAUUAAUGACUGUUUUUAAUAUGUUUUUAUUGGUGGUUUUAUCAUUUAAGUUAUUUUUUGACGUGGGGGUUUUAGAGACUCCUAUUUCUUUAGAAAUUAGUGAGUGGUUUAGUUCGGGUUCAUUGGUAGUUAAUUGGUCUUUGCAUGUGGAUGCUUUGACUGUUACUAUGUUGGUGGUUAUUAAUACUAUUUCUUUUUUAGUUCAUGCUUAUUCUGUGUCUUAUAUGGAGAAUGAUCCUCAUUUACAAAGGUUUAUGGCUUAUUUGUCAUUGUUUACUUUUUUUAUGAUAGUUUUAGUUACAGCAGACAACUUAGUUCAAUCAUUUGUUGGUUGGGAAGGUGUGGGGGUUAUAAGCUAUCUAUUGAUUAAUUUUUGGUUUACUAGGAUAAAUGCUAAUAAGUCGGCUAUUAAGGCAUUGUUGAUGAAUAGGGUGGGUGACUUGGGUAUUUGUUUGGCUAUGUAUAGCUGUUUUUAUACAUUUGAGACAUUGGAUUAUUCUUCGAUUAUGUUGUUAGUGUCUCAUUCAUUAGAGGAUUUUAUAGUUUUAUUGGGUUUUGAAUAUAAUGCUAUUACUAUUAUAUCAUUUUUUAUUUUUUUAGGGGCAGUUGGUAAAUCUGCUCAGAUUGGCUUACAUACAUGGUUGCCGGAUGCUAUGGAGGGGCCUACUCCAGUGUCUGCACUUAUUCAUGCAGCUACUAUGGUUACAGCAGGGGUGUUUAUAUUGAUUAGGCUUUCAGGAUUAAUUGAGUAUUCUACAGCUGCAUUAACGUUUAUUACUAUUGUGGGUGCAAUAACAUGUUUUUUUGCUGCAUCUACUGCAUUGGUUCAAAAUGAUAUGAAGCGUAUUAUUGCCUUUUCUACAUGUAGUCAAUUAGGGUAUAUGGUUUUUGCAUGUGGAUUGUCUGGUUAUACUGUUAGUUUGUUCCAUUUAGCUAACCAUGCUAUAUUUAAAGCAUUGUUGUUCUUAGCAGCAGGGGUUGUUAUCCAUGCGAUAAAUGAUGAGCAAGAUAUAAGAAGAAUGGGGGGGUUAAUAAACCAUUUACCAUUUACUUAUUCAUUAACAUUGAUAGGUUCAUUAGCAUUAAUAGGUUUUCCUUAUUUAACUGGGUAUUAUUCAAAAGAUGUAAUAGUUGAGUUAACUAUAGCAAAACAAUCAACUCAUGGAUACUUUGCUUUAUGGCUGGGGUCUAUAACAGCUUUAUUUACAGCAUAUUAUUCUACAAGGUUAUUAUUUUAUACUUUCUUAAAUUAUCCAAAUAAUUCUAAAAAAGUAUUUAAAAUAGCUCAUGAAGGUUCAUAUCUAAUGCUAAUCCCAUUAUUUAUAUUAGGUAUAGGAAGUAUAUACUCUGGAUUCAUUACAAAAGAAAUAUUCUUAGGAUGGGGAUCUACAUUUUGGAACAAUUCUAUAUUUAUUCAUCCAGAAAACUAUAUUAUAAUAGACACACUAUUCCUACCAGACUAUAUGAAACUAAUACCUGUAUUUGCAUCUUUCAUAGGAAUAUACCUAUUCAUAAACAUACAAAUACUAUACACAACACCAUUUAUUAAGAGCAAUAAACUUAUGAAAGAAAUACACAAAUUCCUAAGCAAUAAAUGGUACUUUGACAAAAUAUACAACACAAUAACAAAAACAAUAACAAACAUAGCAUACAACAUCACAUACAACACAAUAGACACAGGAUACAUAAACUCUAUAACACUAGGAGCCAUAUACAAACACACCACAAACAUAAACAAAACACAAAACAAUACAAGCAAAAACCCACUAAACACACUAAUCACAACAAUAUUCAUAACAACAACACUAAUCCUAACACUCUUUCUAAUCAACUAA